AGCGCAGCUUCAUUCAUUAACACCGCCAGCCUCAUUAAGGAAAUACGCAUGCGCACAUUGUGUUGAAAAAAAUCCUCCACUACACGUUGCAUCCAAAACGUAAUAAAAUAUUCAUGCGCUCAACGCUCACAAUGGCAUGAUGAUAAUUUUAAAAACGCGAAUGGCAAGUGGGUAACGACAGGUUCUUCACAGAGAUGCAACACACACACACACACAUGCUAGAAUUGUCGAAACGAGAGAAUUCAUGGCGCGGACCACCCACACACUGAGGAGAGAAGGGAGGGAGAAGGAGCCGAGGUGGGAGUAAGAGGAGGACGCCAUUGCAGCCGCAGCUGGCCGUCUAUGAUUUAGGAGGGAUUUCGGUUAUCCGACUUCACAAUGUCGAGGGGCUUUUCGAGACAUUCCUUCAGGCUCGGCCCGCAGUCGCCGCCGGUUAUCGGGUGAACACGAGCGCGCGGGAUGGACGGGGCACAUCGGACGAAACGUGGAGCCGCCGCGCGCAACAGGAGCAGUCGCCAACCCUUCCUCCACCCGUCUGGUGGCCCAGCCUCACACCAUGAACAUCAGUAGGAACUGCACCGCGGUGGGGAAUGGUGAGGGUCUGGCUGCCCUGGAGUCGGUCUCCAUAGUAACCAUCACGCUCCUCGCCUGCCUGGGGAACCUCUUGAUCGUGGUGACCCUCUAUCGGCGGCCGUACCUGCUCACGCCCAGCAACAAGUUUGUGUUCAGCCUCACUAUAUCCAACCUGCUGCUGUCCACGCUGGUGCUGCCGUUCGUGGCCGUGAGCUCGGCAAAGAGGGAGUGGGUGUUUGGUGUCGUGUGGUGCAACUUCACCGCCCUGCUCUACCUCCUCAUCAGCUCUGCCAGCAUGCUCACCCUCGGCGCUAUCGCCAUUGACCGGUACUACGCCGUACUUUACCCGAUGAUCUACCCCAUGAAGAUCACAGGAAACCGGGCGGUCGUGGCCAUCGCCUACGUGUGGCUGCACUCCCUGGUGGGCUGUCUGCCGCCUCUGUUCGGCUGGUCCUCCUUUGAGUUUGACUGCUUCAAGAGGACCUGCGUUGCGUCGUGGCACCGGGAGCCGAGUUACACGGCCUUCUGGGUCAUCUGGUGCAUCCUCCCCCCCUUAUUCAUCAUGCUCGCCUGUUACGGCGUCAUCUUUCGUGUCGCCCGCAUGAAAGCCAGGAAAGUCCACUGUGGGACGGUCGUCGUGGCCCAGGAGGACUCCAAUGGAGUUCAGAAGAACGGACGUAAAAACUCGAGCGCCUCGACUUCGUCGAGUGGAAGCCGGCGGAGCCUCGUGUACGCAGGCAGCCAGUGCAAGGCCUUCGUAACCAUCCUCGUGGUAGUCGGCACCUUUCUCGUGACCUGGGGGCCGUACGUCGGGGUGGUGUGCACCGAGGCUCUCUGGGGCCAGGGGAGCGUGUCUCAAGGACUGGAGACGUUGGUCGCUUGGCUGUCGUUCUGCAGCGCGGUGUGCCACCCUUUCAUCUACGGCCUGUGGAAUAAAACCGUGAGGAAGGAGCUGCUGGGGAUGUGUUUCGGAGAUCGCUACUACAGGGAGUCGUUCGCCACGCGGCAAAGGACGUCGCGCCUCUUCAGCAUCUCCAACAGAAUCACAGAUUUGGGUAUGUCCCCACACCUGACCGCUAUGCUGGCCGGUGGAGGGCAUCUGCUGGCUCCGGGAAGCAGCACUGGGGAUACUGGUUUCAGUUUCACUCAGGACUCGUGCACAGACGUGAUGCUGCUGGACGACUUCUCCACAGACGGCUGCUCCCACCCACAACAACACGGGAAUCCGUCCGUGAAGAGGAGGAGCUCCGUCACCUUUGAAGACCAGGUGGAGCAAGCCAAAGCUGAAAACACGAUUCAAGUCCACGCAGAGGUGCAGAAGUCUCUCGACAGCUUCGCCUCCUGUCUGGCGAAGGCCAUAGAGAGCGACGCCAAGCUCACCCUGUUCGGGGAGGGUCUGGCUCUUCCGGGGGGACUGUCCACGACGAGAGCAGCACCGAGACCCAGAUACCUGGACGGCCAGAGACUGAGGCUGGAGAGUAUCGACGAGGGGAUCGUUAAAGAUGAACGAGCUGAAGGGAGUGGAGUGGAGGAAAACCCAGCCUGAACACAAGCAGGUCCGUUGACAUGUUUUUAGACUGCCCGGGUUACACACCUCAACGACUACACGUGACCAUGUAGGCCCGUCACACCCCGGGGUGCGCUUUAUGAAGUCUGAUCAUACUUUAAGUUAUUAGGAAGCAGGGAGAGGCACAUUAUUAAUGCCACUACGCCGUACCAGGUGCACACCAUCAGUGUCUUUGCAAGCUUUUGUUUGGAUUCAUGUGAUCAAUAGGAAGCCUUAACUGCUGUAACCUAAAUUAUCAGAUUGUUGUAGUGACUUGUUUAUUAUAUAAUGGUAUGUUAAUGUGCCAUAACAUGUGGCUCACCAAGGCUGAAAAAAAUGCAACGGAAAUGCAUUUUGUUUCAAACUGUUAGGAGAUCAUUUUACAAACUUUCUCUUUUAUUACAUGAAGAAAAGUUAGUUUCAACCCCAAAUUCUAUUCAGGUACAGAUGCUUAUUGUGGCCGCAGAGUUGGACUCUGACACAUACAAUGAAACAUCGUAUCCAUUAUUUGGGUAUGACUGAUGUGAGGCGUCUAUAUUUGUUAAUAUCACAGAAGUGUCAAUGUAUGAUUAAUCGAAGCCUUGAGAAAAAUCUGAAUUGUUCUUAUUUAAAAGUAUGACCCGACUCUGACGUGUAAGUAGAGCUCUUAUCAUCCAUAGUCAGUGAAGGCCCUCUCAUGUAACAAGGGGAGUGACUAACAGUGACGGAUAGACUUUUGUUUUCAAACUGAUUGUUUAAAGGUAUUCCAGUAAGCCGUCCUUCUUCUGAUAAACAUGAACAUGUACAAUGUGUUUGCCGUGUUCAAAGUGUCAUGUAUGGGACGGUCAUAUUUAGCAUACAAAUUCUUGAGUUAUGGCCAAAGAAUGAGUUCUGUAAAUUUGACCACAAUUUUCUAAAGGGGUCAGGUUUGACCCUUGAGGCCCUUUUCACAGCAGACGUUGUGUCCUGGCAGGGUAAACACGGGUUAAAUGAUUAAUUAAUUGUGGUCCCAUUGUAGUUCGUAUGUCAUGAGGUCUUUCCAGUGGGCACGAUGCCUUCCAGUGAGGACUCAAUAACUUAAAUGGAACAGGGCCGUAAUUAAUUUCCUGACUUAUUAGAAGCUACAGGAAUCACACUUAGAAACCACUCUGUGUCAGAGGGGCGGUCAUUACUGCCUGGUCAGUAUAUUCAGGAACAAUGAAAUGGGUUAAUGAAGUCCAAAAUGAGGUAAUAUGGAGACUGCUUAUCAGUAUUUCAGAGGUUGUUGUAUUAAUAAAAAUGCAUUGGCCAAAGCCUCCAGUUCAUAAUGUGCACACUGAGCAGUGCACAGCCAACAUUUCACUGCUUGUUGCGGUCGAGGUCUUCGAGUCGAGUCGUCUUGAGGUCAAACUGGUCUUCAUCAACAACACUGUCUCGUACAUAUUAAUUGGUGCAUGUGGUUUACCUCAGUUUAUACGCCAUCACUCCCUUUACUAUGAUGAGGACAUUUGUAAUAAGUAGUGCUUCAGUCUUACCUCGUAUCUUUUUAUAUUAUGUCUGACCGGUACUAUCCACAUGAAAAGGGAUGUAACCUUUUUGAUUUUCACUAUACAGUUUAAAGUAAUAAUAGAACAAAUUGCAUUUAAGUUUUGUAUCCAGAUUCUUCGAUUAAAAUGUUUUUCAUAAAAAAAACUUCUGAUCUCGUUUUCUUUGUAUUAUCUUUCCUGAUUGCAGUAAAGCUGAACCAUGUGACGAAGACCACUUGGAACAUUUACCAAAUAUAGUUAUGACUCAAAUCAAGAGGAUCGUUUACAGUUACAAAUGUUCUCCCGGAGGGAACACAACUAUUUUAAACAUCAGAGACUCUACAGCUGCACUAAAUGUCUUCACGGGAGCCAGUAGGAUCUGAAGACUACAAGUUUGAAAAGAAAGUUAAAUGAUAGAGAAAUUGGCUUAAACUCACGAAACUAUUUGACCUACGAGAAAGAUUGUCUAUUUCUAUAUAGUUAUUCUGAAUGCCAAGUUAUCGGUGCCACUGGGUCACGUUCCACUCAUCGGAUGAAGUCAUGCAGGUUUACUAGAAGCUCCUAGGAUCCCACCGCAGACAGACCCAGGUGGACCAGCAGGACUAGAACCAGGACUGCAUAGGACCACUAACCCUAACGGACCUCCGUAGCCCGCUCCUCAACUCUGCUGGAUGCUAAUGGCUACGUUGGCGCUUGUUGCCCAGUCGUCUUCAGCUUUUACACAUCCGGACAUCUUUGAGAUGCAGUAGCUUUAUUUAUUUUUUCAAUUUAAAAAUUCUGUCAAAGAUUUACUUUAUUGACAUGUCCCUUUUUUGGGUCGAAGAACCACAGCUUUCUUUCUCGUUUUUCUUCAACAAUAAAAUUAAAGCAAUCUCCAAGUAU